GUCCAACUGAACUGUCUGAGAAAAGCCAUUUUGUUGUGCUAGCUAGCUAUGUGGGCAAAGACAGCCAGCAAUAAUAUAGGUCUGUUAUAUCAACGCUAACUAUGUCUCUUUUACGUGUUUGCCUACUUUCGAAUAUAAUAAUUGAACUAGUGAAAAUCUAUAAGUAGCUUGGUCUAUAAUGGCGUGGACUAGCCCGUACAGCUAAAGCUAAAGUGUUGAGGAGAAGACGAACUGGUAGCUGAAGUGUGCUGCAGUUUCAGAUAUCACACUGUUAGCUAGCUAUCUGUUUACUUAGCAGACGCUAGUUAUGUUUACUGAUUGAUUAAUCUGUUAGUGUUUGUGUGUAAAUGUGUUUUAAAUACAUUGCGACGGUCUGCGCUGCCAACCAAAGACAACUGGUACAACCAAGAGGCUGUGUCGCUGACAGUGAAUAAACAGGCUACUGAACAAUCCAACACUAACUUAGCAAAACACUUGAACCAUACAGCGUUAAGCCAAAGCGCUAAUCUGAUAAUGGCAGAGGACACUCGACAGGACAAGAGAGCCAGCUUCUCUGCCAUAACGGAGCACAACCCCAACGGGAUGGCCAGGACCUCUGCUGUGGCCUCAAGCAAAUCCGGCGCUUCAAAGAAAUUAGUGAUCAAAAAUUUCAAAGAUAGGCCAAAACUAGCUGAGAACUACACUGAGGACACUUGGCUGAAGCUACGAGAUGCGGUGGGUGCCAUCCAGAACAGCACCUCUAUCAAGUACAACCUGGAAGAGCUCUAUCAGGCGGUAGAGAACCUGUGUUCGUAUAAAGUCUCCCCGACUCUGUACAAGCAGCUGCGGCAGGUCUGUGAAGAUCAUGUACAGGCCCAGAUCUUCCAGUUUAGAGAAGAGUCUUUGGACAACCUUUCUUUCCUGAAACGAAUGAAUCGCUGCUGGCAGGACCACUGCAGGCAAACUAUAAUGAUCCGAAGUAUCUUUCUCUUCCUGGAUCGCACCUAUGUGCUUCAGAACUCCCUACUCCCCUCUAUCUGGGACACUGGAUUGGAGUUGUUUCGUACCCACAUUGUGAGCGACAGCGGAGUUCAGAAGCGCACAGUAGAUGGCAUUUUGGAGCAAAUCGAACUUGAACGUAAUGGAGAGACAAUAGACCGCAGUCUGCUCAGGAGUCUACUGGGCAUGCUGUCAGAUCUGCAGGUUUACAGAGAUUCCUUUGAGGAGAGGUUUUUGACUGAGACCAAUCGGCUGUAUGCAGCAGAAGGGCAGCGACUGAUGCAGGAGAGAGAUGUGCCUGAGUACCUGCACCAUGUGGCUCGUAGGUUGGAGGAGGAGAAUGAUCGGAUCAUGAGCUACCUCGACCAGAGCACUCAGAAACCACUUAUUAGCUGUGUUGAGAAACAACUUCUAGGAGAACAUAUGACUGCGAUACUACAAAAGGGUCUGGGCACCCUGCUGGAUGAGAAUCGUGUGACUGAGCUGACCCUCCUCUACCUGCUGUUCAGCAAAGUGAAGGGAGGACUCCCCACACUCCUGCAGUUCUGGAGGGAUUAUAUAAAGUCUUUCGGUGGAGAGAUUGUCUGUACUCCAGAGAAAGACAAGGACAUGGUGCAAGACCUGCUGGACUUCAAGGACAAGAUGGACAAUGUAGCACAGAGCUGCUUUGCACGGAAUGAGGGAUUCAUCAACGCGAUGAAGGAAGCCUUUGAGACCUUUAUCAACAAAAGGCCCAACAAACCUGCUGAACUUAUCGCUAAAUAUGUGGAUUCAAAGCUAAGAGCAGGGAACAAAGAGGCUACAGAGGAGGAGCUGGAGAGAAUCCUGGACAAGAUAAUGAUUAUCUUUCGCUUCAUACACGGAAAAGACGUGUUUGAAGCUUUUUAUAAGAAGGACUUGGCCAAGCGUCUGCUGGUCGGCAAGAGUGCUUCUGUUGACGCUGAAAAGUCCAUGCUCUCUAAGCUCAAACAUGAAUGCGGAGCAGCAUUUACCAGCAAGCUAGAGGGGAUGUUCAAGGACAUGGAACUGUCCAAAGACAUCAUGAUCCAGUUCAAACAGUAUAUACAGAACCAGAGUGAGCCGAGCAACAUAGAACUCACUGUCAACAUCCUCACUAUGGGCUACUGGCCUUCAUACACCCCCAUGGAGGUCCAUUUGCCCCCAGAGAUGGUCAAACUCCAGGAGGUGUUUAAGCUGUUCUACCUGGGUAAGCACAGUGGGAGGAAGCUGCAGUGGCAGCCCACACUAGGCCACGCUGUACUAAAGGCAGAGUUUAAAGAGGGUAAGAAGGAGCUGCAGGUCUCUCUUUUCCAGACACUGGUGCUGCUGAUGUUCAACGAAGGAGAGGAGUUCAGCAUGGAGGAGAUUCGCACUGCCACUGGCAUAGAGGAGGGAGAGCUCAGGCGCACCCUGCAGUCACUGGCCUGCGGAAAAGCACGAGUCCUCAACAAGAAUCCUCGAGGGAAAGACGUGGAGGAUGGAGACCGUUUCAAUUUCAACAAUGAUUUCAAACACAAACUGUUCCGCAUCAAGAUCAACCAGAUCCAAAUGAAGGAAACGGUAGAGGAGCAGGUCAGCACCACGGAGCGUGUGUUCCAAGACAGACAGUACCAGAUUGAUGCAGCUGUGGUGCGCAUCAUGAAGAUGAGGAAGACCCUCAGUCACAACCUUCUGGUAUCAGAGCUCUACAACCAGCUGAAGUUCCCUGUCAAGCCGGGUGAUCUGAAGAAGCGGAUCGAAUCGCUCAUAGACAGAGAUUACAUGGAGCGUGACAAGGAGACUCCUAACCAGUACCACUAUGUUGCCUGAAGGGGGUUCCGCUGUUGCUGCCAUGCUUUCCUCACCGCAAGCGUACAGCUGGCACCCCAGUAACAGCAUUACAGCCCCUCAGCCGCCCGACUCUCCUCUGGUGCCCGUUUUUCCCUCCAUCCACAAUCCGGGAUGCAGCGUCCAGAUCACACAGAGCUCCAGAGACGAGAGAGACUUGGCUGUACUGCUCCCACUCUGCGUUAUCUUUAGUGGGAUGGGGCUGGAGGGGAGUGGUCUGGGUUGUUGAUGGGUGGUUUAUGUGACUUACAGAUUUGCUAAUGCAAAACUCAAAUGAAAAUAACUAGCACUUUCCUCUGUUUUGGUUUUUUUUUCCUCGUCUGGAGUGGGAUCUUUUUUUUCCUCAUCAUGUCAGUCUAAAAUCACUUAUUUUCUACUAUAGUUGGUUUGUCUUGAGUUUUGUUUUCUUUGUUUUUUUGUUUUCUUUUUCCUUUGUUUGAGGGGCUGUCCUUAUGAAUGGCUGCAUAAACUGCUGAGCGUAAACCUAAUUGGCUGGUUGCUUGAUUUGGCAGAGAAACAGCUGUUGAGGACAAGAAGAGACUUGAGAAAGAGACUUGUGAACAAUGAAGUGGGCCAGAGGGGUUGGAUCACACGUGUUUUGGGUCAGAGGGAGGGUUUAUUGCUUGUGACACUGAAGCUAAAUGACAUGCAGGCAAGCCACUUGGGUAUUUCUUUGGGUACCUUAUAUGUUUUGACCAAAAUGUCCAAUGUCAUGUGCUGACGUUUUUGUAGAUCAGAUUGUAUUCUAUGUCAGAGUGAGAAAAGUGAACCUGAAUAAAUGGAUAUUUAAUGA